AUGAAGAAUUGGAAGUUUGACUGCCCCGAAGUACCGAGAGACGGGCCAAACCUCGGAUCAACUCUCAAAAAGGGUCUCGUACAGUACCCCGAUGAGCCGUUCAAGGUGAUCACGGCGGAUGGCUUCAUCGUGUUCCUGCCCGCCCGUCACAUCCAGGAACUCUGUAUGCACCCCAGAACCGAGGUUUCCUUCGGCCAUAUGGUUCUACAGUACUUUUCGUCAUGGGCAACUGGCUUUGGUGUCAACAACGAUACGUUUCUCAGGGGCACCAAAAUGGGGCUCCUGACGAAUGGUGCUCGUUUCAUCGAACCCAUGAUAGACGAGACAGAGGCGGCCUGCUCUCGGAUAUUCGGCUGUGGCGGAGAUGGCAAGAGUGACGAGAAGGAAUGGACGUCCGUCAAUGUCAGCUACGCCGCCGGCCAGCUCACAGCUCAAGUUAUGGGUCGUGCAUUUGUGGGCAAGUCGCUCUCAAGAGAUCAGUCUUGGGUCGAUGGACAAGUAUCAUACUUGGCCUACGUGUGGGCGGCCGCUCGAGGCAUCCAGAAAUGGCCACUUUGGGUACAGCCGCUGGUGUACCGGUUCGUCAAGGGUUACAAAGACUUACGCCAGGAGGAGAAACGGCUUGCAGAAAAGCUGAGACCCGAGUUCGACGAAGCCAGACUCGGAAUCUACGGUAGCGAUGUGAACACGAAGCGGGAGCAGACCAUGAUCGACCACUUCCUCACCGUGACACAGGCCAACAAACAAGAAGACAUUAUGUUUCAUAUGACACUACAAUAUCAGCUUAUCUUUACCGCCAUACACCCGACCUCAGAAACGAUCGUGGUCACCAAGUUGUGGCAAGUUCUCUACGACAUUGCACUCUAUCCUGAGUGCCAGGAAAUCCUGAGACAGGAACUUGCUGGGGUUGAUCGGACAGACCACAAGUCCUGGCUUUCUCAGGUGCCAAAGAUGGACAGUUUUAUGAAGGAGUCUCAGCGGCUGCAUGCCGCCUCACUCGUCACUCUAACCAGGAUGGUUCUGAAACCGAUCACGACUUCAACAGGGCUGCACUUUCCGGCCGGCAGUCAAAUCUCAUACAUGACGGACGCCGUCAACCUCGACCCCAACAGGUGGUCUAAUCCUGAAGAGUUCGACUGUCUGCGAUUUUACAAGUUGAAACAGGAUGUCAAGACCGAAUCUCAGCUUGUAACGCUGAAUUACUCAUACUCGGGCCCGGGGCAGCUUAAUUUCGGCUACGGCGUUCAGGCGUGCUGCGGCCGUCAUUAUGCCGGAUGGUUCAUCAAAAUGGUGCUCGCCGAGCUGGUGACCAUGUACGAUCUGAAGCUGAAGGACGGCCCCGGGGUCGGAGACGGGAUGAGGAACUUCACCAUCCGGAGCCAGAGGAUCGGAAAUCCGAAGGCCGAGAUCUUGGCUCGCAGACGGGAGAAGUGA